CCUCUCACUCUCUCUAUCUCUCGUCCAGGUCGCCCACAGCCAGCAGCCAGCAUGUUCACCGUCAAGGCGACCUACCGCAGCCAGACCCGCAAGUUUACCUUUGACCAGUCGCUCUUUCCGUCUUAUCAGCAGUUGUUUCACCAGCUUUAUCGCGUCUUUCCAAUCUCUCAGUCUUACUACCUCUCCAAAUUACUGUUCGCGCCCCAACCCGCAUUCCCCAAUUCGCGUAUCCUGCUGAGCAAGGAAGUCCACAACGCCGAGCAAUACGAGCGCGCUAUCCAGCAGUAUAACGGCCGACCGUUGCCCGGCGCGUUACUCCGUUUCACCGUCUUUGACGACACUCCACACAAGCCAGCCGUUGGGAAGGGCAUUGGUGUGAGCUCUCAAAGUGGCAGUGCUCCCGAGGGCCGUGCCGCCAACGAUAUCUGGCUUACUGGCCCCGAGGAGUCUAUUACCGUCACGCCCAGCAUCAGGGUCAGUCCCUUGACCCAAUGCCACUCGGCGCGCUCCGAGUCGCGGUCCCCAAUGAACCUCGAAGACUGGGACAUGGAGCUGCAUAGACUCAUAACGUACGACGAAGGAUCUGCUACGGGUACCUACGUGCCAUCUCCGCAGCCCUCCAUCUCGAGUCUCGGGCCGCAGCAGCCGCAGCACAUGCCGGGACUACAACAUGAACGCAUGCGAGCCUCGCCUCCGUCGUCCUCAGCAUCUCGCACUCCGCGAGCAUCGCCGCCGCGCUCUACAUUCAACGAGUCCAUGCCACAGCGUGACGUCGACCCGUUGCCUGUCAUCCAGGACCUCUUCACCAACUUCGUCAGGGACUUCGACCGUAUCAUGGAACGGAGCUUCGGCGAGCGGUGGAGGGAGCGCACCCAGUCUCCCCAGAUUCCCCCAGCUCCGCGCGGUGCCCCGCCCUCUUCUGUCGUCGACGGGGCAAACGGGAUCCCCCCGCCCCCACCGCCGCUCUUCGACGGCAUCGCCAGCAAUGUCGCCAUGUCCGGCAUACCGCCCCCGCCCAUCCUCGACACGUCACGCCCGCCGCAGUCGGCAGGCUCCUCGCCCCCUACCGCUCAGUCCAGAGACACCGCGUUCAGCAUGCCCGGCGCAUUUGUGGACCCGGCGGUCGUACUCGGGCUGGCGCGCCCCGAGCCGCAGUCCUCGCACAUACCUCCGCCUCCGCCUCCACCUCAGCCUCAUUGGAACUCGUAUUACUCACCCUCGUGGAACGUGCCGCCUCCCCCGCCGUUGCCGACCUUCCCCGGGAGCUUCGAGAGUCAUUCGUCGCACCAUGCCUCAAGUGAGCCACCGCGGGUGCGGGUUGUCAGCCCGCCGCCGUCGCCCCCGUCUCCAAUGACUCCGAGCGUCGUGUCCCAGGCGCCGAGCAGCGUCAAUUCGAACGCGCGCGUCGGUAUUGCCAGCCAGAACGGGAGCACGAGAAACGCCCAGGAGACCGUCAUACAUUUGGACGUCGUCUGUGAUUCGUGCAACGAGAUCGUCGUCGGCGUGCGGCACAAGUGCCUCGAUUGCCCUAACUACGACCUGUGCACGCCGUGCAUGGAGUCCGGCUCGGCGGAGCUGCACAAUCCGUUCCAUGAGUUCUUCGAUGUCACCGAGCCGGGGGGGAUGUAUGUGCACAACGUCUUCAGCGGGAACGGCGAGCGGACUGCUGCGCCGCCCGUGGAGACCAGGACCAGGCCUGCUGCUGCCGUUCCUCCUGCGGAGCCUGUUCGGCACAAUGCGACUUGUGAUUUGUGUGAUUCGAGGAUUGUUGGGGAGAGAUAUAAAUGCUUGGACUGCCCUGACUUCGACGCGUGCGAGCGCUGCUUCUCUAUAACCCCUGAGCAGCACCCGAGUCAUGGGUUUGUGCGCGUGAAGGAUUCCAAGGAUCUCAUUCUGAGGCAUGAUGCCUCUGCGACGGAAGUGCAUACUGCGAGGUGUGACUCCUGCACUCAGGUUAUCGUAGGGGUCAGGUACAAGUGCAUGCAUCCUGCCUGCCCGGACUAUGAUCUCUGUUCGAGAUGCGAGGCGAUGCCCAUCCCCGUCCACCCUUCCAACCACCCGAUGUUGAAGUUGAAGGGGAGCAAUGAUGUCGUACCGAGGGUCAACAGCUACGCCGAGGACCGUCAAGAGCAAGAGCGUCUUGAAAGGAUGCAGAGGAUUCUCCGGGCUAGGGAGGAAGAGCUGGAGCAGCGCGAGGACGCAGUGAACCUCCGGAGCGAUGCGCUGAACCUACGGAACGACGAACUGGAGGAGCGCGAGCGCGAGAUCGCCGCGAUCGACCACGCGUUGGGCGAGCGCCAGAGAGAGCUGGAUGAAAGGUUCAACAUCUUAGAAGGCAGAGAGAAGAUCGUGGAAGAGAAAGAAGAGGUCUUCGAGAGGCGGGAGGAUUACUUGAUGACGCGUGAAGGCGCUGUUGACCAGGAGAUCGAGGCGCGUCUGGAGGCUAUGGAGGAUAAGGAGAACGACCUCCAAGUUCGUGCUGAAACACUCGAGGACCAGCUCCGCGACCUUGAAGCGCGGAGGGAAGAGCUGGACGCUGAGGAGAUUACGCUUGAGGGGAGGCAGAGGAGUCUUGAAGACUGGGCAAACAACCUGGAGUGCUGGGAGUCGCGCCUUGAGGAGACGUCUGCGCUGCUCGAUAGACGCGAGAUGGAGUUGACCGAGAAGGAGAGGGAUCUGGAGGAUGAAAGGGUCCCUCCCUACGUCCCGGCUGCCCGCGCUGAGUCGCCAUGGAGGAGAUAUGCGCAGGACCUCCUGCCGCUCAACCUCCCGCAGGUGCCCACCCACGUUCCGAAUAUCCAGGUCGAGCCCCCUUCUCCCUCUUUGAUCGAUAUCGACCGUGUUCCGGCAAGGCCUGUUGCUGUUGCGAUGUCCGCCUCUCCCCAGACUUGGCCUACCCCCGAGGAGAUUGACGAUAUCAUACGGAGGAGCGAGACGACGUAUCCGGAGAUUGAGACUCGUGAUUUGCACCAUGAUGGUCAUUCGACUGAGUCUGAAGAUGUUAUGAUGCCUGGGACGCUCCCCAUGUUCGCUCAGCGCACCAACAACGCCAAUUCGACCGUUAGCUCUGGCACCCCGUCGGCUAUGUCUGCGCUCUCGUCCUUGCCGCUAGCCCCGUCCAACGUCGGGAGUGACAUGUAUAGUGAGCUUUGGCCGGCCGUUGCCUCGGAGCUAAGGCAUUUGUUGCAGCCAUCGACUGAAGCUGUGCCGGAUGAGGGCUCCUUGCCCAUCGAGCAUACUGUUUCCGAGGGCGAGGGUCUGCGCGACCCGACUCCUAUGCCAGGAUCUCACACCAACGAGGAUAUCGUCGAUGUCUACUCUCCACCCCUUGCCAAGGAGCCUCUGUUAGCUCGCCCGAAUGAACAGCUUGCGCCUCCUGAGAUUCUCUCUAGGCUCGCGAGCUCACUCGCUGGUUUGCUAGCUGCGCGGCCGAUUUCUCAGCCGUCGGCGACUGUUCCUGACGCGGAGCCGACUGACCCCUUCGCUGACGAACUCGCGACCGAACCCGAAGAGCACCGUUUCGCUGAUGAACUCGCAACCCAACCUGAAGAGCACGUUGAGUCUCGUGCUGAGACUCCGGCCUUGCCUCCGUUGCGCGCGACCUGCGUGUCUGAGAACAAUAUCCCCGACGGGCAGAUCUUCCCUCCUGGCGCUGAGUUUGUGAAGUCUUGGAACGUUAUCAAUGAUGGUGAGAGGGAGUGGCCCGAGUCCACGGUGUUGGUCUUCGUCGCAGGCGAUCGUAUGGGAUCUGGCGCCGACACUGCCAAGUUCAAGGUUGGCUCUGUGCCAGCUGGUGAGACCGUUGAUGUCUGGACUGGAGAGCUCAAGGCACCCGAACACCCCGGCAAGUACGUGAGUUACUGGAGGCUGAGCGAUGGCCAGGGCAAUCAGUUUGGCCAGAGUCUAUGGAUUGAUAUAAGCGUUGCGGAGGUUGAUACGUCUUCGGGCUCAGAGUCGUUGGCGGCGUCCUCCGUGAUCAUGCCUCACGCUGUCGGCGAGGCUCCGAUGCGGGCUGGUCAGACUACGACUGAGGCGCCUACAGUGCAAGCACGGUCGUUGACUUUGCCGUCGACAGCAUCAGGCGAGACGCUCUCGGAUGUUAUUUCAGUUGGCUCUUCGGCUUCGCUGAUCAGUCAUCCUGGUUCCCCCUCGUCUGCUCAUGGAUCGAUGGACGAAUGGGAGGACACCAGAGGCUCCGUGACUCCUCCUUUGGCUCCGACCGUAGGGGAGAGGGACAUGGAGUACAUUGUGCUGUACGAGAGUUCCGACUCGGGACGGGAUUGAAGAUCUGGUGGAAAAACAGUGAUAGGUAGUGGAAACAGUAAUAUGUUGUCCUGAUUUUAUCAGGCAACCCCCCCC